AGAAAUUUAACCAAAUUAAACAUGGAAGAAUCCACCCUUUUUUACGCAUCUCUUGCUCUUCUUUUUCUUUUCCUGGCUUUCAACUUCUUGUUUCAAUCAAAACAUCGCCAUGAAAACUUGCCGCCCAGUCCGCUUUCCCUUCCCAUCAUUGGCCACCUUCACUUGCUAAUAAACCCACCUCUUCACCGUCCCUUCCUCCAGCUUUCGAAAAAGCUCGGUCCAGUCUUUUCUCUUCGCUUGGGUUCACGCCUUGCCGUGGUCGUUUCAUCACUCUCAGUGAUCCAGGAAUGCUUAACCAAGAACGAUAUCGUGUUAGCCAAUCGCCCCAACUUGCUGUUGAGCAAACACCUGGGUUAUAACCACACCACCGUCGUAAGCGCGCCAUAUGGUGAUUAUUGGCGUAACCUCCGUCGUAUUUGUACAAUCGAAAUCUUCUCACCGAAUCGUCUCAACAAGUUCCACGGUAUCAGAAAAGAUGAAGUGCGAAGAUUGUUGUUGAAACUAUCUCAUAACUCGCGAGAAGCUUUUGCCAAGGUAGAGCUUAAAUCAAUGUUUACUGACUUGAUACUUAAUAAUCUCAUGCGAAUGAUGGCCGGAAAGAUAUAUUUUGGUGAAGAUGUUAGUGAUGACGGUGAGGCAAAGGAGUUUAGGGAGCUCAUAGCAGAGGUGGUUGAAUAUUCUGGCGCAGGGAAUCCGGCAGAUUAUCUGCCAAUACUGAAUUGGGCUGGUAAUUAUGAGAAGAAACUGUUGGAGCUCUUUAAGAGGAUGGAUGGUUUCUUGCAAGGGCUAAUCGAUGAACGUCGAAAUGCAAAUGGAGGAAAUAUGAUGAUCGAUCAUCUCCUUUCUUUACAAGAAUCGGAGCCUGAGAACUACACCGAUCAGACUAUCAAAGGGCUUAUAGUUGUAUUGCUUUUCGCCGGAACUGACACAUCGGCGGUGACGUUAGAGUGGGCCAUGUCGAACUUACUGAAUAACCCAGAGGUGUUGAAGAAAGCGAAGGCGGAAAUCGAUGCUCAAGUUGGUGAAGAAAGGUUGAUUGAUGAAUCGGAUAUUGCUAAGCUACCUUACCUUCAAAACAUGAUGUCGGAGACCCUUAGACUAUACCCGGCCGCCCCACUUCUAGUGCCUCAUAAAACAUCCGAUGACUGUACCAUAGGUGGGUAUAAUGUGCCUAGCAACACCAUUGUGUUAAUCAAUGCAUGGGCGAUACAAAGAGACCCUGAGUUGUGGGAUGAUCCGUCGAGUUUCAAGCCGGAAAGGUUUGAGAGUGAAAGUAAAGAUCAUGGGCACAAGUACUUGCCUUUCGGUAUGGGAAGGAGGGCAUGUCCUGGGGCAAGCAUGGCUCACCGUAUGGUCAACUUAACUUUGGGGUCAUUGAUCCAAUGCUUCGAAUGGAAAAGGGUAGGUGUGGAAGAAAUUGAUAUGACCGAAGGUAAAGGAGUCACCAUGCCCAAAGUUGAGCCAUUGGAAGCGAUGUGCAAGGCACGCGCCAUCCUCCACAAGGAUCUUUAUAGGGCAGCUUAGAAGAGUUUUAUAUAUUGCAAAAUUAUAUGGCGUAUAAUGUUUUUCAUCUAGUUUUAAUGUUUAGACUAUAAAUGUCGGAAGCUGCUUUUUAUGAAAUUUUUAAUUAUCCUA